GGUGGGAGAAGCUCCAGGACGGGCCACCCCUACGCGCCGUGCAGCUUGAAGCUAGCCGAGGGAGCUGCACCUCCAGCCACCACCUGGUUUGCUGUUCUUCUCGGCUUUUGCAGGCUCCAUGAAAUUCAGUGACCGAGCUGUGCUGCUUUGUGGCCAAGAUGAUCCAGUAUACUGAAAAAUACCAAGUGGAAAUUGCAUGGUUGCUUGACUUAGCAUGGCCAGAUGUUGCCAGAGGCAAGGAUUGUUCGAAGCAACACCAACAUAUUUUAUUCUUCAUGAGAUGCACAUACUCCUUUCGCUGGAGCGCAUUGCCAACAUGCCUGAUUACCAACGCUACUGCAUCACCGUUGCUCCAUUGUGUAGCCUCAUCUCUGAGUACGAUGUGAUCCACACCUAUUGUUUACUUGAUAUUAUUGGUCACAGGUCUUUGUUUGCUGCUUUCUUGGCAUUGCCGUGGGAUCCUGGACAGCAAACAAAUGCUGGUACCAAAUACCUAGCUAGCAUUGAUAUAACUGCAGCUAUUUGUGUUCGACCUCUCAGUUGUUCAUGGACUUCAGUUGAGUUGAAAGCCUGGUCUCCAUCGUUGCGACAUGUUCCUGGUCAACAUUACAUGUGGCUGAUGAUUUGGAGGAUAACUGACGAUAGACCUAUUACUGCAUGUUUGGUUAUGCUGCAGACCACUGAAUUUUGUUCCACAGAAGUGAGCUCAUGGAAGAUAUAUGGUUUCAAUAUCAUUAUCAGUAUCCAAGCUGACUGCUGCUAUGCGUGCUCUGUUCCUGACAAUACAUAUCUGCAAUCCAUGGCUGACUACUGCUAUGAGUGCUCUCCUGCUGAGAUAUGCUGACUUUGGAUCCAGGUGACAGUGUAUGGAUUCCUGUUGCAUAUGUUGUUGUUACCGAUGGCGUAUGGACCGUCAUGUGCUUCUGGGUGUUCCUCGUUGUUCCACGGGCAUUUCAGUUCCUUGCUUAUCUUGCCAUAUGGAGCUCCUGCAGUGUUGAGUUUUGUCAAGGCAAGUUGUCAGGGGAUCCAGGCAUCUGGGCCCUUCUCUAUUUCUUCGGACUUUUCACUCAAGCUGAAGUAAUAGGAAGGAGGAAUGUUGUAGCUCCAACCUACUACCACGGCCACUGCCUCAACCAUGCUCUGACAACGUCUCUGUCAACCAACACUAUUACCUCGAUGCUUUCUGUGACCAAGUGAACAUCAGCGACGACUACUUCCCUGAGCAAGUCGGCGUCGUUUGCUACCUCAACCUCGCUAAGUUCCGCCUCAACUACGGCACCCACCGCCACCUUGGCGAAGUCAUGAAGCAUCAAGUACCAUGGGAUCCCGGUGGUUUCCACAUUGAGUCGGCUUGAGGGCAACCCGAAAUUUAAGGAAGAUGGAAUGUCAGCGGCCUCACUCUCUGUAGCUGGGCCGUACAGAGGGGCGCCUCUUGGGCCCGGGCCUGCCAGCAAAAUACUACAUGAGAUGAGUACAAAUAGAACAGAAAGGUAUCUGAAGACGGGGACGAACGGAAGGGCUUCGGCCUCAGCUUGGCGUGGUGUCGUCUUCUCCGCUUUCCUGUUCCUGUACUGCUCGUCUUCCUCCCCUAUCCCCUCCAUGAAUUCCAUUAGUUAGCUUCCAAUUCCUCCAUCAAUGGCUUGCAACCUUUGAAUCAUAGCUGGGUUCGGGUUGUUAACAUUUACCCUGAUUCUUCAGUUCAGUUUAGUUGAGACACCCAAUUCCUCUGUCCCUCCUCUGAAAUCUCUUCUUCAGUUAAGUUGAGACACCAAAUUCCUCUGUCCCUCAUCUGAAAUCUCUUAUUCAGUUAGCUUGAGACACCAAAUUCAUCUGUCCCUCAUCUGGAAUCUCUUAUUCAGUUAGCUUGAGACAGAGAGAGUUGUUUGCUUCCCCCGUCCCGCAACGGCAGCCGCAACAUCCGGUUCAACAUUAUCAUCAGUUUCGCAUAAUUUCUUGAAAAAAAAAAUCUGUUGCCAUUUCCUCAAUCUGCUUCUUUUCCUGAACCCAGUUCCGCUCUGCAUCUUUUUAGUUUCCCUGAUCUUAUUUUGCUUCUGUCGUCGACAUGCGGCUUUUCGUUGAGAAUACACAUGGUGAUUUGUUCCCCCUCUCUAGGGCAUAGUAGUGACUCGACAGCGUUAGCAUCUUCUCUUCUUUGAGCUCUGAACCAGACUCCUUUGAGCUCUGAACCAGACUUGUGCUUAACUUCUGAACUCUGAACCAGGAGGGUUUUACUUCAGUUCAGUUAAGUUGAGUAAGUUAUUAUUUGCCCCUGUUCCCCAAUUCUCCCUCCGCCUCCAAAUUCCCGGCCUGAAGGAAACAGGGGCAACGGCAACGGCAACCAACCACAGCAAGAGCAGCACCGCCUCCAAAUUCCGGGCCUUCAAAUACCCCUCUCCCUCCCUCUCCGCCGCCCAAACCCAACUCCAAAAAUCUCCCAACAUCACAUCAGAGGGAUCGAUCAAAAAAGAAAGAUCGAUCAAGAAGGGAAGAAGAUGGCCUCAAUCGGCAACGGCAAGCCCGAUGCCCAGGGCCAGGAGCGCUAGGCGGCAAGGCUCCUGCCGCCGGCCGAGGUGCCGCCUCCGCACACGGACGCGGGCCUCGUGGUGCUGUUCGACCUCCUACGACGACGGGUCGACGGAUUCCCCACCUGGAUGCUCCCCGCCUACCUCGUCCACGGAGUCGACGUCUACGGCCACCACCCGCAGGAUCUGCUGCGGCGCCAUCCGCCGGCGACAUCGCCCGACGGCAAGCGUGCCUCCUACUUCGUGAACCUGGUACGCCCCCUCACCGCGACGGAUGCAAGAAGAAGCAGGGUCGUGCCGGGGGGGUUCUGGAAGUCGGAGCGCGCCCCCGUCCCCGUCGAAGCCGCCCCCGACAAGAUGAUCGGAACCAAGCAGGCCUUCUCUUUCAUCUCCAAGGAGGCAGAGCACAAGGGUGGACCCCGCGGCGGGUUCAUCAUGCACGAGCUCCUUCUCCCAGGCCAGGCAGGACGCCUCGCCGGCGGGGACGAGCUGGCGCUCUCAAAGGUCUACCCGUCUCCGCGCGUCGCCACCAAGAAGAGGUCCAGGUCCCAGGGACAGGGACCGACCGCCAGCGCAACAAGGACCGCGGCCGCCUCCUCUGCUCCAGCGCCGACGUCUUCGCCGCCUCUGCUCCAGCGCUCCUGCGACGUCUUCAGCAGCGCAAGAAGCAGCAGCGCCGUCUCCUCUCCGCCUCCUUCCCUGGAGCCGCCGGCCUCCUCUGCUCCGCCUUCCCUGGAGGCCUCGUCUCUCGGGCCGGCAUCCUCUGCGCCGGGGCCGGCAUCCUCUUCUCCGCCCCCCAUCCAGGGAUCGUCUCCAUGGCACCGGCAGGGUGCCGCCAAGAGGGUGCUCCUCCUGGAGGUGGGCGACUCCCCCCCGAGGGAAGGCCACAACAUUUCGUGCCACCAGGUCUACCGCGCCAUGGAGGUUCUUGGACCCGGGAGGCGUGUCCCCAUCGACUGCGCUGACCUCUUCCUGCUUGACAGCGGGAAGGGGAAGAGGCAGCGGACGGCUGCAGAGUUUUGAGAAAACUCUGUCGCCCCGCCAUGGGCAAAUCUAAACUCUGUUGCUGUGUAACAUUCAGACAAAAAAUUUGAUAGGAAACUUUAGCUGUGAUUCAGUCGUUUUUUGAGAUUCAGUAGUUGCUUUGUUACAACUUAAUUGAUUGAAAUCCGGCAUAAUCAGUGGCGAUGAUGUUAAAACUUUGGUUUUCUUCUCAAAA